UCGAAUCGUAUGAGCAAUGUUGUAAAUGUAAAUUAAAUUGUGUAUUUUGUUUGAAAAGUGAGGGUAUUGAUAUUAGUGAUGCAGCCCGAAAUUGAAAACGAAGAAUGUGUUAUAUUUCAGCAAUUGGACCUAUUUUCUCAAGGGUUUCCUAUUAUGGAAGAAAUUCGGCGGCAGGGUAAAUUAUGCGACGUGACGUUAAAGGUUGAUUCACAGUCCUACAGUGCCCACCGAAUUGUUCUUGCGGCUACUAUUCCCUAUUUCAAUGCGAUGUUUACACAUGAUAUGGUGGAAAGCAAGCAAAGAGAAAUAACUAUUCAAGGCAUUGACUCAUCGGCACUUGAGGCACUGGUUAAUUUUGCAUAUAGUGGAAGAGUUGUCAUUGACAGCAACAAUGUGCAGUCUUUAAUGGUUGGUGCAUCUUUCCUUGCCCUACACAAAGUCAGAGAUGCAUGUGCUGACUUCUUAAAACGGCGGUUUCAUCCAAAUAAUGUUCUGGGUAUAAGAUCGUUUGCAGACACAUUAUGCUGCUCACCACUUGUUGAAGCUGCAGACAAAUAUGUGCAACAGUAUUUCAAUGAUGUUUCUUUGUGUGAUGAAUUUCUAUCGUUAUCACAGAAUGAACUGCUUGAUAUUGUUAGAAGAGAUGAACUACAUGUUAUUUCAGAGGAACAGGUCUUUGAGGCUGUUAUGAGGUGGGUUAAGAGAGAUCCUGAAGGCCGCAAGAAAAAUUUGCCACAACUUCUUGCCAAAGUUCGUUUACCUCUUUUGCCUCCACACUACUUGGCUGACCGGGUGGCCACAGAAGAAUUAAUCAGAUCGUCUCAUGAAUGUCGUGAUCUUCUGGAUGAAGCAAGAGAUUAUCAUCUUAUGCCUGAGAGGAGAUCUCUUCUGCAAAGUUUUAGAAUAAAGCCACGUUGCUGCAACUAUGUUAUGGGCCACAUAUUUGCUGUUGGUGGUUUAACAAAAACAGGGGAUUCUUUAAGCACUGUUGAAGUAUUUGAUCCAAUUGUUGGCCGUUGGCAGCUGGCUGAAGCUAUGAGUAUGUUGCGUAGUAGAGUGGGUGUUGCUGUGAUGCGCAACAGGCUUUAUGCGUUUGGUGGGUACAAUGGCAGUGAACGAUUAUCCACUGUUGAAGUAUUUGAUCCGCAGAAACGUGUCUGGAAUAAAGUUUCACCAAUGCACUGCAGACGAAGUGCUGUUGGUGCAGCUGCAUUGAAUGACUGCUUAUAUGUUUGUGGAGGCUAUGAUGGUGUUACUUCACUGAAUACUGUGGAGUGUUAUUCCCCAGACAAAGAUGAGUGGACGAUGGUGCCAAAUAUGAUCAGACAUCGCAGCGCUGGUGGUGUAGUUGCAUUUGAGGGCUAUAUAUAUGCCCUUGGUGGUCAUGAUGGUCUCUCAAUAUUUGAUUCGUUUCAGGUGUUUAAAAUGGUGGAGAGGUACGAUCCACGAACUGGCCAGUGGACUUCUGUUUUACCAAUGCUUACAAGGCGUUGUCGGCUUGGAGUAGCAACACUAAAUGGAAAGCUUUAUGUGUGUGGUGGCUAUGAUGGCUCAACAUUUCUGCAGUCAGUGGAAAUGUAUGAUCCCAUUUUAAAUCAGUGGAAGUUUGUUGCACCAAUGAAUGUAAUGCGUAGUCGAGUUGCAUUGGUUGCGAACAUGGGUAAACUGUGGGCAAUUGGAGGAUACGAUGGUGUUUCAAAUUUAUCUACAGUUGAAGUCUAUGACCCAAAUACAGAUUCUUGGUCAUUUGUAUCAUCAAUGUGUGCCCAUGAAGGAGGAGUCGGUGUGGGUGUCAUACCUAUAUGUAAAGACUGACAGCUGAGUGUCAAAAUUAUACAGUUAAUUUGUUGAAAUGUUUGUUGUGGAUGGUGAUUGUGGCUUGGCUGACUUUUAUUUCAUCACACACGUUUCAUAACUGUUUUUUGUAAAUAAUGUAUGUUCUCGUUGCAUUUUAUUUUUUGUUCUACAUUUAAAGAAAUGUCAUUCUUGAUCUGAUAUGGAUAUUUGCUUUCACAGCGAACGAUCUCAGAUUUCAAAACUGUUAAGAACUAUAUCUGAAAUAAUAGUCCAGCGAUAAAAUGAAUAUGAUUAUUGUCAUAUUUAAUUGGUUGCAAAUUUUAUGUGUGGAUUAAAAGAGUGUGAUUAUAUUGCACGUUUGAUAUGCCAAGAGAAUGAAAGUGAAACAAUUAA